UACAAUAAUGUCAAAACUGUAAGCCCUUUGUCAAUUGUCACAAGUAGAAAUGAAAGGUACUCACGACUGAAUGUUUCAUAUGACUUAUGUCAAUAGUAAAAAAAUAAUUUUAGUCGUAGGUAACGAAAAUGGGAUUAUAAAAAUAGAGGAUUAAAAGAUGUCUACUAAAACUAUAGCAAGUGCAACUGUUAGGGCAGUAAAAAAGCGUCUGCUACCAUCCAGAGCUGCUCUAGUUUUGACUUCUUCAGCCGUAAAUAAAGUUAAGGAAAUAAUGGCCAAGGAAGAAGGCAAGGGUUAUAUAGGAUUGAAAGUUGGUGUGCGGCAAAGAGGUUGCAAUGGAUUGUCAUAUACCUUAGAUUAUGCAACAACAAAAGGGAAACUUGACGAAGAAGUAAAACAGGAUGGAGUCACUAUAAUUAUUGACAAAAAAGCACAGUUGACCUUGUUGGGUACUGAAAUGGAUUUUGUCGAAGAUAAGCUGUCAGCGGAAUUUGUGUUUAACAAUCCGAAUAUAAAAGGCACUUGUGGAUGUGGAGAAUCUUUCAGUAUAUAAAUCAAAUUAAUUAGUUAAUGUUUUUGUGCUGGUACCCUUUUGUGACGUAAUUUGCACAAGUAAAUGCCUUUUACUCGACCAUUGUAAUGAACAAGUAAAUUAAUAUUUGUUUAAUUGCUUUCAAAGAGGGUAUAACUGUAAAUAUCGUUUAUUAUUAUUAUGUAUGCAAAUUUAUUUGUAUAGCUAGUGAUAACAUGAAUCUAGAAUACUUAUUAGUUGAAUAAAAUUCUAUCAUUGUGUUUGUUUUCAAAA